UGGCCACACUUGUCCCUCCUUUCAAAAGGAUACGCUGAUCCACACCCUAGCUAUCCUUCAAGACGAGCGAUUAAUCUAAGGAUCCCCCACGAGAGAAAACCUGGUGGCAUUUUCCCAUUUUCUGCCAGCGCGGACAUUCCUUUCUCCUCCCUCAGUUGCGAGCGUUCAGUCAGCCAGGGCGGAAGUCCUCGCCAUUUUGAGUACACGACCUUAACUUCUCCGGAUAUCCUUAUAUUAUAUUGGGUCUUUUUACUCGUCUUUACUCCUUCUUCUGCCGAAUGAUAGGUUGCCAUAUAAUAGUGUCCAUGACAACCUGACACCACAAAAUACCAUCAGUUGCCAUGUUCGCUGGAGAGGAUUUUAUCACAGUGCCACCAGACAGUAGACAGUGCUGCCCUUUAUCGUAUUCUGUGAGGAAAGAGUUCGCCACGGCACUUGCCAUUUGGAAUUGACACCUGCUACCACAAAGAAGCACCUGCUGUCGUAUCCUACCUGGCACUGAAUUCCACUUGUGUUGGCAUGUGACUUAGAGGGGCGAGAGAGCUGUAAUGAUUUUUACUGAGUUCCUCACUCCCACUCAGCAUUAAGAGUACAACUUUGACCAGAGUCCUUUGCUGAGCUAACUAGCCUCAAGAACAAAGAUGGCGUUGCAGAUGAACAUUUCGGGCUUACGCCGUAAUAUGAAAAACAUUGCUCAUAAUUAUACAGAUGCACAGAUAAAAGUAAGAGAAGCAACAAGCAAUGACCCAUGGGGCCCUUCGUCCACCCUCAUGUCUGAAGUGGCCGAUCUCACCUACAAUGUGGUGGCCUUCUCAGAAAUUAUGCAGAUGAUAUGGAAACGCCUCAACGACCAUGGGCGAAACUGGAGACACGUGUAUAAAGCGCUUGUCCUCUUAGAAUAUCUCAUAAAGACUGGCAGUGAAAAGGUUGCAGAUCAGUGUAAGGAAAAUAUCUUUGCCAUUCAAACAUUGAAGGACUUCCAGUACAUUGAAGAAAACAAAGAUCAGGGAAUGAGUGUGAGGGAAAAGGCUAAAGCUCUUGUCACACUUCUAAAGGAUGACGAGCGGCUUCGAAACGAGAGAGUGAGAGCUCUGAAGGCCAAAGAGAGGUUUGCCCAGAGUGUAUCAGGCAUUGGAAGUGACAGUGACAUAAGCUCUCCCACUAGUCCCUCUUAUCCUGAUACGUAUGUAACUAGUUCAUCUCGUCCCAAUGAAAGGAAUGCGUAUGGAGUACAGGAUGGGCCUUCAGGUCUUGAGCCACAGUUGGAGGCAGCUCGUCCCCAGACAGUUGGAGAAGAGGAGCUACAGCUACAGCUUGCCUUGGCCAUGAGCAAAGAGGAAGCCGAACAAGAGGAACAGAGGCGGAGAUCGGAUGACGUGCGGCUCCAAAUGGCUCUUACUCAAAGUGAAGAGGAAUUUAAGGAUGAUGCGACACC